UCUCAGCCGCCUGGGGCAGGGCGUCGUUCUCUGCCAGGGGCAGGGCGCCGUUCUCCCGUCGUUCUCUGCCAGGGGCAGGGCGCCGUUCUCUGCCAGGGGCAGAGACCUCGCCGUCCUCUGCAGAAAAUCUGCACCGUCCGCCGCUGUUGCGGACAGGGCCGCGGAUCUGCAACAUCGCUGCUCCCGCCAGCCGCUGCUCAACUCGGCUUCCGCGCCCAGGACCUCCGUCAACUCGUCCAAGUCGGUCUGCCCUGGUUUGUUUGGUCUCAGGUCUCCUGUUCUCCCUGAUUUUUUUUCCUUCAAUUCAAUAUGGCGACAAAUGCUAUUGUGGUCAAUAUCACUCUUGAUGGUCAAAAUUAUCCGGAGUGGGCUUUCUGUGUUGAGACUGCUCUCCGAGGACAUGGAUUACUCUUCCAUUUGACUGAUGCGGCACCCGUUCUUGCUGAUGAUCGUCGCAAUGCUGCUGAUAUCAAAACUUGGCAGCUUAAUGAUGGUAAAGUAAUGGCUGCUAUGGUGAACAGCGUCAAACCGUCGAUGAUUAUGAGCUUGUCUAAAUUCAAAACUGCUAAAGCCAUCUGGUCUCAUUUGAAGGAGCGUUUUGUUCAGGACAGUGGUGCUCUAUUACACACUCUCAUGCAACAGACACAUGUUAUUGAGCAAAAUGAUAUGAGUAUUGAUGAGUACUACUCAGCCUUUGAUCGCCUGAUGAGUGCCUUGACAUCAAUGGUGCCUGCUUGUACCGCUGAUCUGUGUCCGGCUCAUAAGUUUAUUGAGAAGUUCUUCACUUACAGAUUUGUUAUGGGCGUUCGGGCCGAGUUUGAUUCUCUUCGUGCUCGUUUACUUGAGGGUUCUGACACUCUCACAAUGGCUAAGGCGUUGUCUGCUUUACUUGCUGAAGAGACUCGUCUUAAUUCUCUGUCCUCUACUGGUGGUAAUCCUCACAGUGUGUUGGCUGCUGCCCAGAAACCUAAGAAUAUUUUUAAGCCUUGUGAUCAUUGUGGCAAGACCAAUCAUCGAUCUGAGCUUUGCUUUGUCAAGUUCCCUGAUAAGUUGACUGAUUUCCGUGCACGACGUGCUGCUCGUGGUCGUGGUCCAGGACCAUCUAAUAGAGGCUCAGUUGCUGUUGCUGCCACUUCGUCCGCUUGUACUUCAGAGUCGGCCUGGGUACUUGAUUCAGGAGCUUCCUUUCAUGUCACAUCUGAUCAGUCAAAGUUGGCUUCUACUACACCUGUCACAGAUGGUGCUUCAGUGCAGACAGCUGAUGGACCUUCGCACAGGGGAAGUGAUUGGGACUGGCCGUCGCCGUAGAGCUGCUCCUCGCCUCUACAUCUUGGACUCUUUGCGGCUUCCUUCCUUGGCUACAUCUCCAGCGCAUGUGCUUUCAGCUACCCUUGCUUCUGUUGCGUCUUUUGCCCAGUGGCAUCAUCGUCUAGGUCAUUUGUGUGGAUCUAGAUUGUCUACUCUAAUAAAGUCAGGUUGCUUAGGUCAUACUUCGGUUGAGUCUGAUUUUCAUUGUAAGGGUUGUCAUCUUGGAAAACAAAUACAACUUCCAUAUUUUACUAGUCAUUCUCAUUCUGUUCAACCCUUUGAUUUGGUUCACUCUGAUAUUUGGGGUCCUGCACCUUUUGUGUCAAAAGGUGGAUAUAAAUACUAUGUUAUUUUUAUUGAUGAUCAUUCUCGCUA